CCAAAAUCCACCUCUCUUUCUCUUUCUCUCUCACCCUCAUGGAGAACCGAUUCAAACUACGAAUCUCUCGCAUGUUUCGCGGUUCAUUCGGAUCCUGUCGGCCCCGGAGCAUGUCAGAUGUUAUCAUAUCGGACGUUAUGGAAAAACCGGUGUUCGUAGCUCACAACCAACACCAGAGCUUCCAAAUGAUGGAAGUGUCAUCUCCCAAACCUCGACCCUUUCCGUCUAUGUGCAGACCCAGAUGUCCAGAAAGAUGUGAAAUGAUCGAACGCAGCUGUAUUGUGGCCCAGAAGGUGCUUCCAAGACGAAAAGUAUCGGAGCGAUGUUCGGUUUUCGGUUGUGGGGAUGCUGAGGGACGUAAGUGUCCUCCUGCGUCACCUGCAUCGCCUUUGAAUGCGUUCUACAACGUUCAAGAAUUUGGAUCGAAAGAGAAGAGAUCAAAGAAGAAGAAGAAGAAGAAGGCCCACGUGAAAAAGAACAAGAUCAGAGAGAUUAAUUACAUGUUCAGCUCAUCUUCUGCAGACACCAAUGGCGGUUUUGUCCGUGGUGGCUGGUUUAGCAGCGAAGACGAGAGAGAGGACGAAACAGAGACUCUAUUCUCGUCAAAGAGUCUCUCCUCGGAUUCAUCCGAGUCCCAGAAACGCCGGUCUCUCCGCAGAAACCAGCGGAGCCGGCGUAGAAGAGGUGCAAUAAACAAGGGUUCUUGUCAUCAGGAAACUAACGUACUGCCAUUGGAAGGGAAAGUGAAAGAUAGCUUUGCAGUGGUGAAGAGGUCCAGUGAUCCGUACAGUGAUUUCAGGACAUCAAUGGUGGAAAUGAUUGUGGAGAAACAGAUAUUUGCAGCUAAAGAUCUGGAGCAACUGUUGCAGUGCUUUCUGUCUUUGAACUCUUCUCAUCAUCAUAGGAUCAUCAUUGAAGUUUUCACAGAGAUUUGGGAAGCUCUCUUCUCUAACUGGUCUUAAAAAGAAAACUGUUACCUGUUUUCUGUAAUCUGUAAUGCUUAGACUGCUUUCUAACUGUUAUUUACUGUACUAAAUGGUUCAUCUUCCAUUUUCUCUCUUUGGGUUAUUGCUUUUUCACAUAUAUAUAUAUAUCAUCCCCAUUA